AUGGAGCGAGCGAGCAACCCGGAUGACGAGCUAAGCCUCGAGCUCACCCUGCCCGCCGCCGUGGGCGUGGCGCCAGCGGCGCCUCCCUUCUUCCUCUGCGCCUACUGCGACCGCAGGUUCCUCACCUUCCAAGGGCUCAGCGGCCACCAGUACCGGAACGCACACAAGCAAAAGCGCCCCGUUGGCAGGCUCCGCCGCAAUGCCUCCACCGUUAUCCGCGCCUCCCCGCCAUCAAAGGCUGCUGCUCGGAUGCCCGAGGGGCCCGAGGACAAGGUGCCUGAUGUGGGUGGCAUGGCGCACAAGCGCGGGCGCGCGGCAACACCUGGCAUGGCUGAAGAACUUCAUUAUCUUCGUCCAGUUCAUCGCCAUUGCAGUGUUAUGAAGCUUGUGUGCUCAGUGUGA